UCCUAUCAUUCAUUCGAUUCGUCUAUCUUCAAGCUAGUGCAUCAAGGUUCAGACAAGACAAAGCUAUGAAGUCAUUUUCAGUGUUGUGUUACGCGGUGUGCGCGGUGACCGUUAUCGGUUCGACGAGGUGCGAACCGGCAGAAGACGGCGCUCCGACCGACAAGGCACCGCAGGCCGACAGAAGGAGCUUCGGCGAGUACCACGGACUGUACGCGCCCGCUUACCACACCCACUACGGCGCGGCCGGCUACCACGGCCACUACGCCCCCGCAUCCACCCACUACAGCGCUUACGGAUACGCGGCCCCGGCGCACUACCACGGCCACGGAUACGCGGCCCCGGCACACUACCACGGCCACGGAUACGCUCCAGCACACUACCACGGUCACUACUACAACCAUCACGAGACCACCGUUCACGGAUUCAAACAUCAGCCUGUCGUCUACCAGUCGGUGGUGCACACGUACCCCACGGCCACCGCGGUCGUGCAUAAACCCGUACCGGUGCCAGUCGCACAUCCCGUCCCGGUACCCGUCGUCCGUCCGGUACCCGUCGAGGUCCCUCGGCCGUACCCCGUGCCCGUCAACCGACCGUACCCGGUGGCCGUCAUCAAACCCGUCGCCGUGCCCGUGGCCCAGCCGUACCCGGUGACGGUGUACAAACCGUACCCGGUCCCCGUGUACCGGCCGACUCCGGUGGUAACCGUGGCCAGACCGGCCGCCACCGCCGUACAUUACGCCACCAGACUUCCGGCGGUUCGCGUACCGCUCGUCAGAUAUCCGGCACCGUCGUACGCGCAACACUCGCACGCUUACGCUCCACACUUUCGCGGGGCCGUGGCUUACCAGGGACAUUCGUCGUACCAAGGACCGACUGCUUACCAAGGACCGUCGUUGUACCAGGGACCGUCGUCGUACCAGGGGGCUUACCCGGCAGAGGCACCGUCGUCAUAUCUGCAGCAACUGGCGGCUCUUAGGACGGCCGGCAGCAACUACGAAGUAAACGAAGCGGCGGCACAGCAGCAGAAUCUCCAAGACGAAUAUUCGUUCCUACAAGAACAACGGGACGCGGGCGCCACCGAUGUUCAUCACCACGACGACGACGCCCAUCAUCAUCACCUGCACGACCACGGGGUGAUCGACCAGGACAGCGGUUACCCGCCGUUGACGGCCGAUACCAGUCUGGGAGUGCCGAGCACCGACUACGCGGGCAAGAAGAAAUGAAACACGGUAUACUACGAAGAGUGACGUUCGAGAAGACUGCAACAGUUCCGCGUGUCAGCAGUCAACUCGAAACCCACGAAUUUUUAUCGAAAACGAUUUCUUUGAAAUCAUUCCCUUGGACGUCGGUCCCGAGAAACGACUGUACAUAAUUUGUUUAUUGUUAUGUUAUUAUUAUUAAAUAUUUUAUUAUAAUUUGUAUGCCAUCGGGUCACUUGACCCGACUAUUGUCUGUAUUAGAUACAUUCUGUUAAGACAUUUUUUAUUUUAUUUUAUUUUUUUUUUGUUAAAAUAAAUCUUAAAUGUCAUUUUUGUUUAAA